AUGAGAGAAAUUGUCAGUCUUUUUAUUGGAGGAUGUGGUAACAGGAUUGGAAAUUGUUUUUGGAAGGGUAUUAUGAGGGAACACAAUAUUGAUACAAAUACAGGAGAGAGGAUUGAAGGAUUUGAAGAUGUUGAAGAAAAUUUAAAUAUUUUCCUUGAUGAGAGGGAAGAUAAAUUUGUGCCAAGAGUUGUGAUGGCCGAUCUGGAGGCUGAAACUAUUGAAUCAAUGAUUAAGAAUGAGAAUUUAUUGGAAUCAAAGUUUGCUUCCUUUCAAAGAUGUGGAAAUGGAAAUUGUUUCUCUAGGGGAAUGUACACUGAUGGAGCUCUGCUUAUUCGAAAUAUAAUGGAUCAAGCAAGGAAGAGUGUAGAACAGUGUGAUUUCUUUGAAGGAUUUCAAAUGUUUCAUUCCAUAAUUGGUGGAUCUGGAUCAGGGCUUGGUUCAUUAGUUGUUUCGAAACUCAGAGAAGAAUUCCCUGACAAAAUGAUGGCAACUGCUACUGUAUUGCCAUCAAAUAAGGAUGACUAUGGAUCUAGGUCUCUUUCACAUUAUAAUGCUGGUCUAUCCAUGCAUUAUUUGGUAGAGAAUACUGAUUUUGUAACUUGUCUAAAUAAUGAGGCUCUUGGAAAUAUCUGUAAUAGCAAAUUAGGACUGGAGAAUUAUGGCUAUGAACAUAUGAAUAAUUUAAUCACUCAAGCAAUUUGUGGUUUUACUAGUCCAUUAAGAUUUUCAGGAAUUUUAAAUUCUUCAUACAGAAAGCUUUCAACCAACCUCGUUCCAUUUCCAAGACUACACUUUUUCACUGUAUCUCACUCACCCUUCUGUCUGGGUGAUACUGAACCAACAGUUGAGGGAUUAACAAGUGAUGUUUUUAAUCAGACCAAUCUACUGAUAAGUAUGGAUCCAAGUUUAGGCCGUUACAUGACCAAUAUCAUUACUUAUCGUGACAAUGAGCCGAAUAUUUCCAUGAUUGAGGAAUAUGUAAGAAAAUUCAAAAAGGAUAAUGAAGCUAUUUUCAAAGAAUGGGUGCCAAACAAUAUUCACACUUCAGUAUGUAAAUCUAUUUCACCAGAUUGUCCAACCAAGAGCUCAGCAACAAUGGUAUCCAAUACCAGUGCAAUCAAAACAGUUUUUAACAAGAUUUCCGACCAAUUUACUGUAAUGUUCAGAAGAAGGGCGUUUCUGCACCAAUAUUUAGAAGAUGGUAUGGAUGAGAUGGAGUUUACAGAAGCGGAAUCAAACUUUAAUGAUCUUCAAUCUGAAUAUUAUGAUGAUUGGGGUGCGUGGUGUGAAGAAGAGGAAGAAGGAGAGUAUGAUGAAGAGCCUUAG